AUGAGGAGGAUAGCGAGGUUAGGUCAGCCUUCAGCUUGGCAAUGCUCAGCAUCGAGGCAGCUCAUUGCACCUCUUUCGACGCAAUGCGCCGCAGCUGGAGCAGCACCCCUUUCCACAGCUCAAGUCGCGACGAGGACAACAUCCGCCUGUUCUAUGCGCCUUUACUCGCAAAAGACCUCACUGCCUCAGUCCUUGUCAGAUGAACCGACGCCCUCAUCGACAAAGAAUCUUGGACGAGAUGAGCUAUCCCAGAGUGAACUGGAAUCUCUAGCAGAAACCGCUGCAGAGGAGUACCGCACACUGGAGGGUACCUUCCGACCGCCGCCAGCCCGCCGCACAGCAGUUUCAGCCGAUCAAGUCAAAGAUCCUUCAUAUAAUCCUGCUGUGUCGGCUGCAGGCCUGUCCACAGUCGGGGGCUUGGAAAACUGGUGGGACCGUCGCGAGAACUGGGACAAGAGCGGGGAUUUCGCUGGUUUCAAGGCCAAGAAGAAGAUCCAAGAUCCCCGAGUCUUGGAGACUGCCGUACGCAGGGCAGUUGUAGAGACGAUCGUCCUCAAGAGGGCUGGGCGUGAGGGCGAAAUGACGGCGAUAUGGCCAAUUGGUGCCGCGGAGGAAUUGGCGAGAGCGCUGGCUCUCGAUGUCCAAUGCAACUCGAGUGGCGAAGCCACGCUUGUCGGAGAUCAUGGUGCCGUGGCCGAGGAUCUCUCCUGGGAGGUGCAAGAGACGAGAGAUUCGGAGAGGCCCGCAAGCAGUGGCAUCCCCAUGUGCUCAGUCGAAGAGGCAACGGCAUAUCUUAAAUCUUGGGACCCUACGUGGACACACUUUCCUCUCGCCGAUCCCAAUGUCAAGUUUGCGAUCACGAAGCGUAUCUUUCAAUUGACCGGCCAGCUUAUUCCCGACCACAAACUCGCCGCCAUUAGCAAUGUAUCCUCUUUGCUUGCCACCUUCAGGAAACCACCGAAGCCCAAGACCUUGACCGAAGACAUUCAAAAGCAUGGCCAACAGCUGGUGCGCCUAUCAAAUGUCGCAUUCUCCCCCAAGCAAGUAACACGUGGUGACAAGGCCAAAGCAAUUGGUCAAUACAAGCUUAUUGAGGAGGAAUUCAGGAAGAGAGAUCUUCACCAUGGACACCUGUCCGUUCCCGCAACACGGGAGAAGUAUUGGUUCAAAGGCGAGGCUUGA